ACAGGAAACGGAAGUCCGAGGCAGGAGGAGCUCUCCGUCUGAUGGAGGAAGUGGACGGACUAUUGUUUACGCUUUUUACUGGAAACCAACAAUAAAACACACGAAAAUGUCUACGAUAUAGCGGAGACCAGAGGGAUAAUUCGAGACUGAACACAUUAUAUAUUUGUUUUACUAAGUUGUUUUAUAUUUCGGUGGGAUUUGAGAAGGUUUUAAAGGGUUUUGUGAAGGUGUAAGGCCAGCUCAUGUCAUAAAUGAUCAAAUCUGAUUAAAAACUGACAGAGGAGCUUCAGUUACAGCAAACAGUGCCCAGCGGAGGUCAAACCCCAGAUCUGUCCACUCUCACUCAAACUCAUAUUUGAGUUUUACUGUUUUAAUCAAGGGUUUUCAGAGAUUUUAAGACCAUGUACGCACCCCCGGGAACAGCUGCGCCUGGAAACCGGAGGAGGAGAGCUGGAACAGCUCUACCCAAACAUCCAGAGCGGAGUUUAGCAUCGGCACUGCCCGGGGCGCUUUCAAUCACUGCACUCUGUACGGCCCUGGCAGAACCAGCCUGGCUCCGCGUCCAUGGUGGAAACUGUCCCAGACAGGAGCUCGGUGUUGCAGACGUCCUGGGAUAUAUAGAUGACAAACUCAUCGAGGAUUACUGCAUCAACUCUCAGUCCAUCCUGCUCUUGCGGGUUAUUGCUGCUUUCUGUUUCUUGGGCAUUUUGUGCAGCCUCACGGCAUUUCUGUUGGAUGUCUUUGCACCCAAACAUCCAGCCCUCAAGAUCACACGCAGAUACGCUUUCGCUCACAUCCUCACAGUGCUCCAGUGCGCUACAGUCAUCGGCUUCUGCUACUGGGCCUCGGAACUGAUUCUGUCCCUGCAGCAGCAGCACAAGAAGUACCACGGCUCGCUCAUCUACGUCACUUUUGCCAUCAGCUUCUACCUGGUGGCCGGUGCAGGCGGUGCCUCCAUUUUAGCCACGGCGGCCAACCUGCUCCGUCAUUACCCCACCGAGGAGGAGGAGCAGGCCCUGGAGCUCCUCUCAGAGAUGGAGGAGAGCAGUGAAACAUACCCAGUUGACUAUGACAUUGCCAACCAAUUCCAGCCUCCGCCGGCCUACACACCCUGAUCGCCAACCGCCAUCGCCCCAGGCGUUCCCUGCCCGACGCCACACCUUUGGCCUUCAGAUAGAGAAAUGAUGUUCAGAUUUUAGGUGCGCCAACAAAAAUGAAUAUAUAUUCAGUAUUCCAGAUCAUGCAGAAUGUCAAUAUCCAUGCACACAUUUAAAUGAGCGUUUUACUUUGGCAGACAGAGCUUGCGUGCAUGGAAUAAAUCAAAGAGAAUAAUUAUAGCAUUGCUUGUAGGAUUCCAUUCGAAUUCAUCUUGUAGUAGUUUGCAUGUAUCCGGCAAUAAAACCCCAAAGAUUUUGAAAAAAAGUUUUUUUUUGCCAGGCUUUAUUAUUGAAUAAAGACUUGAAAUAUGUACAGCAUCUCAGCAUUAUGCUUGUUGAAGAUGCAUUUACCGGGAGCCUCUUUGGCACAAUAAACUGUGGGGAGUUAGUCUUAUUUUUUCCCAAAGGUUUGUCUUUUUUUCUGCUUUAUCACAGGUUUAUCAUGUUUUCCAUUUUUAAUGUCGAGCUGCACUUUUGACUUUUGUUCCUGUUUUUCAAGUGGUCACAAUUGUGUUACUUUUUAAAAAAAUGAUUAUUAUUAUUUUUAAUAAUGCUAGGUAUCAAAGUAUCCUUUAUUUUAAUUCAUCAAUAGUCCGUGGAUGCAGCCGUAUCUGCACACUUCUGGAUUUAUCCCAUUGCAUUAAAAAAAAAAAA